AUGAGUCUUAGAAAGAGCAAACUCGACUUACUUGUUCGCGUCCGGUAUUCAAAUCCACUCCCCGCGCCUCCAUGUCCGCCAAAAUUAGUUGAUAUCCCCACAAAUCCUUUGCGCUAUGCGCAGCCAACUUUUAUCAACGUGGUCACCAACGACACACCUCUCCCGAUGAUCGUCGACGCCGAAUGCGGCAUGCCUUUAGAUCUUGGGCGGUGGGAAUAUCUUUGGGAAGAGAAUGGCAACGAUGAUACACUGAAUCCUGACCCGGAUAACCUGCCUUCCCUUGACCCAAAGGACCGACUUCUUCUGGGUGAUCCCUCAACAUAUGCUACACCCUACACCAUACCCACAACAUCAGGGACAUCGACACCUCUCCCUCCACAUGUACCCUGGCUCCGAAAGACGGAGUAUCUUAGCCGCGAAGGCGUACAACGCACUUCAUCAUCACACGAAUCGAAACAACUUCUGCAACCCAUUAAUGUCUCGCAUGAGGCACAGCUUCAAACCAUCGAAGCCGGCUUCACCGCUUCUACGUCUCUCGACCUUUCCACACUUUCUCAUCCGAACAAGACUGGUGUCACCGCUAUCCAAUCAUACGACGUCCUCCCAGAUGCCGACAUCUGGGCGAACGCGUAUGAUUUAUUCCGCUUCAAUGAGCGCCCAGGCGAACGACCUAUAGACACGGAGGACCCACGGCUGGACUGUGCGAUUCUGCGUCCGAUGGAGAGCGACGGUGACCACUUUUUAGCGUAUUACUUAACGAAGGAGGACGCCGAUGCCCUGGAAUUUAAGGAGGAGCGGUUCGCACUGAAGAGCGGUGAGGACAAUAGGACAACGGCAUUCCACUUCGUACGCGACUAUGAGACCGUCAAAAUCGAACAAGAAGUGCCCAAUGAAUUUUUACUUGUCCUCGACAAUGGAGACGCAGGUGAGCGUGGGCCAGGCGCGUAUUACAAGAAUAUCGAACGCAAAAUGACACUCAAGAAGAAGCGGAUGAAUCAAAACGACACCUAUGCAGACAAAUGGCAAGUUGUGCACAUUUCGCACGUGGCUAUGAGUAGCGACGAACUCGAGGAGCGUAAUGAGGCUCUCGCGGAGGUCGUAGAUCCACUAUACCUCUUUUCGCGCGACGCUGAGGGUGAGGUAGAUGCGGAUGGUGAAGUUGAUAUUGGGGGGAUAGAGAUAGGUACAGAAGGAGAUGCAGAAGGAGAUGGGGGAAUCAUGGCAGAAAUAUUUUAA